CGGGCUCCGAAGCGGCUCGGGGGCGCCCUUUCGGUCAGUGUCGUCGUCUACCCCCUCCCCAGCCCCAGCCCCUGGGGACCCAGGCUCGCCAGCGCCCAGCCAGGGAGCCGGCCGGGAAGCGCGAUGGGGGCCCCUUCCGCCCUGCCCCUGCUCCUGCUUUUCGCCAGCUGCUGGGCGCCCGGCGGGGCCAACCUCUCCCAGGACGGCUACUGGCAAGAGCAGAAUUUGGAGCUGGGGACUCUGGCUCCACUCGAAGAGGCCAUGAGCUCCACAGUCUGGAGCAGCCCUGACAUGCUGGCCAGUCAAGACAGUCAGCCCUGGACAUCUGAUGAGACAGUGGUGGCUGGUGGCACCGUGGUGCUCAAGUGCCAAGUCAAAGAUCAUGAGGAUUCAUCCCUGCAAUGGUCUAACCCUGCCCAGCAGACUCUCUACUUUGGGGAGAAGAGAGCCCUUCGAGAUAAUCGGAUUCAGCUGGUUAGAUCUACGCCCCAUGAGCUCAGCAUCAGCAUCAGCAACGUGGCCCUGGCAGACGAGGGUGAAUACACUUGCUCCAUCUUCACUAUGCCCGUGAGAACUGCAAAGUCCCUCGUCACCGUGCUCGGAAUCCCACAGAAGCCCGUAAUCACUGGCUACAAGUCAUCAUUACGGGAAAAGGAUACAACUACCCUAAACUGUCAGUCUUCUGGGAGCAAACCUGCAGCCCAGCUCACCUGGAGGAAGGGUGACCAAGAGCUUCAUGGGGAACCAACCCGAAUACAGGAAGAUCCCAAUGGCAAAACCUUCACCGUGAGCAGCUCAGUCACCUUCCAGGUCACCCGGGAGGACGAUGGGGCAGACAUUGUAUGCUCUGUGAACCAUGAAUCUCUAAAGGGAGCUGACAGAUCCACCGCUCAACGCAUUGAAGUUUUAUACACACCAACAGCGAAGAUUAGGCCAGACCCUCCGCAUCCCCGCGAGGGCCAGAAGCUGUUGCUUCACUGCGAGGGGCGUGGCAAUCCCGCCCCCCAGCAGUACCUAUGGGAGAAGGAGGGCAGUGUGCCACCGCUAAAGAUGACCCAGGAGAGCGCCCUGAUCUUCCCCUUCCUCAACAAGAGUGACAGCGGCACCUACGGCUGCACAGCCACCAGCAACAUGGGCAGCUACAAGGCUUACUACACUCUCAAUGUGAACGAUCCCAGUCCGGUGCCCUCAUCCUCCAGCACCUACCACGCCAUCAUUGGUGGGAUUGUAGCUUUCAUCGUCUUCCUGCUGCUCAUCCUGCUCAUCUUCCUUGGCCACUACUUGAUCCGGCACAAAGGAACCUACCUGACACAUGAGGCGAAAGGCUCUGACGACGCCCCAGAUGCGGACACAGCCAUCAUCAACGCAGAAGGCGGGCAGUCGGGCGGGGACGACAAGAAGGAAUAUUUCAUCUAGGGGCAGCCCCCCAGGGACCCCGUGGGCACUGCUGGGGCCAUCACCAACCUGGACUUGUACAGAGCGACCCCAGGGCCGCCCCUCCCGCUUGAUCCCCAGCCCCCCCCCCCACCCCCCUGUACAGAAUGUCUGCU